AUGGCCUCCACAAGUUCACUGCCAGACCCAGAGGAAUAUCAGAAGAUCUUCCACUGGGCAGAGACUCAAAAGAAUGGAACGAUUCCUUCUUUCAACACACGACGCAAUGACCCUUAUAAAUAUCAAUCUGGCUUCGGCAACACCUUCGAGUCUGAAGCAGUUCCUGGCACCAUUCCCCACGGCCAGAACAGCCCUCGAAAUGUUAGAUUCGGACUUUACGCCGAGCAGUUGACUGCCACUGCGUUCAUUGCGCCGAGGCAUGCAAACAAGAAGGCGUGGCUCUACCGUGCACGCCCUGCAGUAGCUCAUCAAGGAUUUACUGAAAUGCCCGAUAAUAAAGAUACCGAGUGCAACUUCCUUCCCUUAAACCCUCGAAUCCACGUUUCUCCCACCCAGCUCGCGUGGCAUCCGUUUGACAUCCCUGCUACGGGCGAGGUGGACUUUGUCUCUGGUCUAAAGACCAUUGCCGGCUCGGGAGAGCCUACUCUUCGUGAGGGUAUAGCCACACACGUCUACGUCGCCAACACAAGUAUGAAGAAGAAGGCAUUCGUCAACUCGGAUGGAGAAUUCUUGAUUGUUCCUCAACAAGGUGCUCUGGACAUCCAGACUGAAUUUGGACCUCUUUACGUGCAACCAGGAGAGAUUGUUGUUAUUCAACGCGGUCUCCGAUUCCGCGUGGAGGUGCCAGAUGGUCCUUCUCGGGGCUAUAUUCUCGAGGUCUGGGGAACCUCCUUUGAACUUCCUGAACUCGGACCCCUGGGCGCGAACGGCUUGGCUAAUGCAAGGGACUUCUUGAGCCCAAAUGCUCAUUAUGAGAUUGCUCAGGAGCCGUGGGAGAUUAUUUACAAGCUGGGUGGCAAGUUUUUCAAGAGUACUCAAAACCACAACCCCUUCGAUGUUGUUGCUUGGCAUGGAAACUAUGUCCCCUAUAAAUAUGAUCUGACCAAGUUUGUUAAUGUUGGCUCUAUUUCCGUGGAUCAUAUUGAUCCUUCGAUUUUCUGUGUUCUCACGGCCAAGUCGCGCGAUUUGACGGCGCCGCUGGCCGACUUUCUUAUUUUCUCACCACGGUGGGAUGUUGCAUCUCACACUUAUCGCCCUCCUUACUAUCACCGCAAUGCCGCCUCGGAAUUGAUGGGUCUCAUCUAUGGCGAUUAUGCCGGUCGAUCGGAUGCCUUCAAGCCUGGCAGUGUUUCCUUUGAAUGUGGCAUGGUCCCCCACGGCGUUGCAUACGAAGAGUUCAGGGCAGCUAGCGACAAUGUGCCUCCCGUUAUGCAGAUCUCUGAAGCAUCGAUUGCUUUCAUGUUCGAGUCCAGUAGGCCUUUUACUAUCACGGACUACGCAUGGAACAGCGAUAAAAGGCACGAGCAUGAACCGAAGAUGUGGGAUAAUCUGGUUGAUAACUUCUCCAAGCACGCCAAAGAAGUUGAGGAGAUCUUAGCGAACAAGGCUAAGAAUCUUUCUAUGUAA